UCUCGCCUCGCUCUUUUUCUCGCCUACUACUGGCGACUGCACCACUACUACUGACUGUUCCCCUUCGGCGCUUCCCUUCCCUCCCCUUCCCCGGCGACCGGUGUCGGCGCCAGGACCGACGGAGCAGGCGAGGGUUCCGCUGUUGGUUCCAAAUCCAAUGGCGUUUCAUGCUUUUCAGGUGCUUUCUCUGUGGCGUGGAUUGGAUUAGAGGAUGGUUCUCAAGAAGCUGCUUCAAUUCUUUGGAGUUGGCAAGAAAAAGAAGAAGAAUUCCAACAAAAAAGGCAAGUCCAUCGACCCUCUUUGGCAAGGUGCUAGUGCUGCUCCACACUCCACUGUAAACGUCCUUGCAAGUAACAUUCUUUUGAAUCCCUGUUCAAGUGGGUCUGGUAAUGUGUUGUCACUGCAAAAACAUGAACCUGAAUGUUCAAGUAACAUCUCAUCGGCGAUAAAGGCAGUAGAUGGAUCUGAGAACGAGGAUCACAAGUUAUUUAACCAAUUUGACGUUGUUCAAGAUUACUCUGACCACCACUAUGCAAAGACCUCACCAGGGAAGACGAGCAAAGAUUGGACGAAAACAAUCCAAAAUGAAUGGAAGCUUCUACAGAGAGAUCUACCUGGAUCUAUAUAUGUUAGAGUUUAUGAGGACAGGAUUGAUCUGCUAAGGGCUGCUAUUGUUGGGCCUUCUGGAACUCCAUAUCAUGACGGUCUUUUCUUCUUUGAUGUUCGUUUUCCUCCUGAGUACCCGCGAUGUCCACCGAAAGUGUACUACCAUUCAGGUGGGCUUCGACUAAAUCCAAACCUGUAUGAGAGUGGAAAGGUGUGCCUUAGCCUGCUGAACACUUGGUGGGGUUCUGGAUGUGAGAAGUGGAGCAAGUCGAAUUCCACCAUGCUGCAGGUGUUGAUCUCCAUCCAGGGCCUUGUGUUGAAUGAUAAACCAUACUUUAAUGAGCCAGGCUACAAAAACACGGUUAAUACACCUCUUGGUGAAAAGCAUUCCAUGGCAUAUAAUCAGACUGCGUUUGUACUAUCCUGCAAGACUAUGUUGUAUUCACUUCGGAAGCCUCCAAUGCAUUUUGAGACCCUUGUCGUGCACCAUUUCCACGAGCGGGAGCGUGCCAUCCUGGACGCAUGCAGCGCAUACGCGUCUGGCAUUAUCGUCGGAUCAUCGGUCAGGGAUGGCGCGAAGUACGCCUGCGAUAAGUGCUUUGCCGGUUUCAAGAAGUCUCUGGAUGCACACACCGAACUUCUCGCAAAGGAGUUGGCUAAGAACAGAGCUCAAGCGCUGGAACUGAAGGGAGACACGCCAGCUGCAGAUGAGAUCGCGUCUACCAGCUAGGGUUCUUGGGCUACCUGACCAUUGCUAAAUUCACCUACUUAGGGAGUAACUCGGAAGAAAAAGGGUGUGUAAAUCACAAUCCACACGAAAGUUAUGGAAGAAGUCCAGGGGUGGUGGUAUAACUGUAGAUGAAUUGGUUGUAGUUUAGGCCGUUUCUGGAAGAUGAAAUUUCGCCACGUUAUAUGUCUACCUCACUUUGUGAUUUUAUACAUGCUUGGUGCAUGAGUUGUUGAUA